UAAUGGAUCUCCAUUCACUCAUUUUGGAACAUGCUAUGUUAUGAUUUCUUGCAAUUUCUCAAGUCAUCGUCCUCUUGAUCCUGACUCGCGGGUUGCACACACAUAAUUCCAGUGUCAAAUCCUGUCCAUCUCGACGGAGGUCGGCGCUUCAAAUUUUGAUAAUGACCGAUAUAGUGAGCAAGAGAGCUCACUACUCUCCCCCAUGGGCCGACGUUAGUAUUAUUGGUAUUGCUGGUUCUUCGGGAUCAGGUAAAUCUACGCUAUCUCAUGCGAUUGUAUCGAAAUUGAAUUUACCAUGGGUGGUUAUUCUCUCCAUGGAUUCCUUUUACAAGACGCUUGAUGAAGAAGGAUCCCAUAAAGCCUUCAGAAAUGAAUAUGACUUCGAUUCUCCAGAAGCCAUAGACUUUGAUGUCUUAGUUGAUCGGUUACGUGAACUCAAGGCAGGCAAGAGAGCAGAGAUCCCAAUAUACUCGUUCUCGAAACAUGCACGGGAAAAGGAAACAACUUCAAUCUAUUCUCCCCAUGUCCUAAUUCUAGAAGGAAUUCUCGCGUUGUAUGAUCCCAGGGUUCUUGGACUUUUAGACAUGAAGAUAUUCUGUGAAGCAGAUGCAGACACUUGCUUAUCUCGACGAAUUCUCCGGGAUGUCGCCGAACGUGGAAGAGACAUUGAAGGGUGUAUAAAACAAUGGUUCUCUUUUGUAAAGCCAAAUUUUGAACGCUUUGUUGAGCCUCAACGAAAAGUAGCAGAUAUCAUCGUCCCACGCGGUGUGGAAAACAGAGUCGCAAUAACCAUGGUCAUACAAUACAUUGAGCGCAAACUCAUCGAGAAAUCGAAAACACAUCGAGCCGAACUUCGUAAACUCGGCCAGAACUCACAAGAUGACCCUCUCUCUGUUAAGGUACUCCUUCUUGAACAGACUUCACAAGUUAAAGGAAUGAACACGAUCAUUCAAGACAUUGACACGUCCGCGGAAGACUUCAUCUUCUAUUUCGAUAGGAUGGCUACAUUGUUGAUCGAACACGCGAUGAAUAAUGUUUACUUCAAGGAAAAGAUUGUUGAGACGCCAGCAGGUAACAAGUAUCACGGUCUAGUCGCGAUGGGAGAGACUAGUGCCGUUGUUGUUCUCCGUGCAGGCUCUGUUUUUGAGACUGGAUUGAAACGAGUAUUGCCGGAUUGUCGAACUGGCCGUCUUCUAAUACAGUCUAACAUACGCACGGGCGAGCCAGAAUUGCAUUACCUCAAGCUCCCGGGAAAUAUCGAAAAACACGACAACGUAUUAAUUCUUGAUCCACAGAUGUCUUCGGGAGGUGCAGCUCUCAUGGCCAUUCAAGUCCUUGUUGACCACGGCGUCCCGGAGGAGAAGAUUGUUUUCGUUACUUACUUCGCUGGAAAGCUAGGCUUAAACAGGCUGACAAAGGUAUUCCCAGAAGUCAACAUUGUUGUUUGUACGAUGGUCGCCGACUUCGAGGAGAGAUGGAUAGCGCGCAGGUAUUUUGGAUGUUGAUGACACAAGUGAAGGUAGAAGAGAGACCGUCAACGACGAUGCAGGACCGCUUGGAUCAAGACGUCGUGCAGUUCACAGCUCUGGUCACACAAUUGGUUAACGCUGGCAAAUGCCGACGGCAGAAUCUUGGAUUAGACCUAAAACCAAUUGGCCAUCGUCGCACAACUCAGACUUACUAUUUCUCGAGCAAUUUUCUUUCGAGUUAAAUCCGAGUGAGAAAUGGAAAUAACGUCACUCAAGGUUUCUCGGGACCGGUCGCUUGACUAGAGAAGAAAAGGGGGUGACUAACUACUAAAGAAGGAUUAGCGAGACAACCGAUUGUUGACUGAGAUUUAUGGGCCCACAGAUUAUACUACUCGUCAACUUCGAUUCAAAACUUGUGUUGACGUGGAGAAUAGGAUGACAAGGAUGACAUGCGAAGCAGGUAAGUUGGAGUUGCAUCAUAACAAGCACGAAUUUUUUUCCAUUGCAUCACUAUGUAUG